CAUUAAAGACACUAGAGUGUGAUUUUUCUGCAAAACUCAGAAUAUAACUGUGUAAAAGUAGUGGUAGCCUAAGCGAGCGCGCGCUUUUUGCUCUUGUUUUGGUCACCAUGGAAGCUGUUGCGAUUUCGCGGUUUUCAUCGACGCCGCCUUCGCCGACGUUGCUCGCUAAUAUGAACAAAGCUAACAAAGCGAAGUGUCGAGCUUGCCUCUCUAUGAAUCGUGAUACCGUCAAGUUAGACACCAAUGUGCCAGACCUGCAAAGCGCCCGUAGUUAUGGCGAAAGUUUUCGUCAUUGCACCGGUUUAGAAUUAAAUGUGUGCAGCGCCGGCGGCUACAAAUGGCCCAUGCAAAUGUGCGUGCGGUGCUGCCGUGCGCUUGAAGUAGCUAUGCACUUUGUGGAACUUGCUUUGGAGUCGGACCGUGUGUUGCACAGUGAGGCGCAGAGCGUAAAGCCUGCAGUGAAGCAAGAGCCGGAGCUGAAACGCAAGGCGAGUCACGAACUGCUCCGGUGGAAUCAGUUCGGCCAGGAGUUUGAGCAGUUUGUCGAGAGCUACGACGAAGCAUCGGCACCCAUUGAGGAGAACGUCUUGUACAUGCGUGGUGCAAAGAUGCCGCGUCUUGAUGCUGACACCACAGUCCAAAAUAAGUCGUCCAAAGAGGAUGAAGUUAUAUUAUUUGAUGUCAAAUACGAUACCAACAACAUCGAUGAAGAUGACGAUAAUGACGGCUCUGAUGCUAAAAACAAUGAAACAUUUUUUGAGAACAGCAAGACGCCUGUUGAUAUCGACCGCAGUGAAAAUAAUAACAAUUAUAAUUUCAACAAUAAGAAUGGUGAUUUGUCAGGCUUACCAGACGUCGAGUGCGAUCUUAUACAACGCGCACUCUUCAUGACUUUGAAUGAUGACGCUAGCGGAGAACAGUCCCCAGAAGAGUGCGAAAUAAUAGAGUCUAUCAAGGCUAAGCUGCUUCAGUCUUCGGAAAUAUUGACAACAGCUAAUACCUGUCUGAUAGAGCCUGAAACCGCUCCCGACAAGAGGCUGGUUAAGCAACGGCAUAAUUCACCAAGCGGCAAUACCAACGACAAUCUCAACAUACCUGUCCUUGGGUGCAACAUGUGUAACUUUACACAAACGGAGGCAAAACAGAUGCGAAGUCAUUACAAACGAGAGCACAGCCUGGAAGUAUCCGAAGAUGAGAUCACUGGUCUGGCGAAUAAUCUAACAUUUAAAUGCCGAUGUUGUAACAAUUAUACUACUAAGGAUAAAGGUGAAAUGCAGACCCAUCUAAUUGAGAACCACAGAAUUGAGAAGGAUUUUGAAAAUAACUGGUACGAACAGCAAAAUUGCCCGGCCUGCGCGCGAGUUUUUAAAGAUCAGCGCUCGGCGCGUACUCACUACACGCGUGUCCACACGGCACCCUCCAGCAGUCCAUCCCAUUUGUUUACUGUUCGUGAUUCCAAAGAGCAGCACAUUUGCAAUGCCUGCGGAAAGGUCUUUAAUCAGCGUGCCAGUCUGCAAAACCAUCAGCGCUUCUGCCAGGUAGCUCAACCAGUCCAUUGCACGUUUUGUGAAAAGCAGUUCAGCAGCAUACGGAAGUACGAAUUGCAUUUGCAGCAACAACAUGCCGUGGACACUGUACAUGAGUGCGAGAUUUGCCACAAGAAUUUCAAGAAUGCGGACUCGCUGGCCUUACAUCGAAAGCGUCACAUGGAGCGGCACUUUCAGUGCGUUAAGUGCUCCCUAAACUAUGUGAAUGCUACGGAGCUGAAGGUACAUUACGAGAGAGCCCAUGUGCAGGAGGAACAGCAGGUUAGCUGUAGUAGUUGCGGCAUUAAAUUUCAGAAUUUUGCUCUGUUACGCGAGCAUGAGCAACGUAGUCAUCAGCAGAAAACGUGGCGUUGCGAGACAUGCUCAUUCGAGGCAUCUUCACGCGCUCGUUUACGUCAGCAUCAGUACGAGCAUACAGGUUAUCCAUACAAAUGCAUGCAGUGCGAGGAGGAAUUUAUUGAUCGCAGCAAAAUACGCCAACAUUCCAAGAAGGCGCACGGCGUGGAGCUAACUGACGAUCAAUUGGCCGAUAUGUUUCGAGAACGCAUUGGAUACACAAAUCGCCACGAUGCCUUUUCUAAAAGCAACAACCUGCUGGAAGUGCCUGGUUUCAGCGACGAUUGCUAUAGCGAACUAAAGAGCUUAGGAGUUGAUUAUGAUGAUAUUACACACGAUCUCUUUUCUAAUUCGUCAAAUGCGCUGGAUAAUCUGCUAGAUUUGAUACCAUGAACAGGAAAUGUGUACAAAACAUGUGUACCACUGACUGUAUAAUGUUUAAGCAAGGAUGACGACUGUUUCCAAAUAAUAUAGCUACUGAGAGCUAGAAGACUGCCCUUUACUUUACCAACCAGCAAAAAUAUAAUAACACACUACCUUCACCGUUUGAUUUUAAAAUAUUUUACAUAGAACAAACCAACAAAUAUUUAUAGUUUGUAUAUUUUCAUACAAAACACUUUUAAUUUUGAGGUUUGUAUGUAUGUAAACUAAUAACAAAGUUAAUAAUAAAACCAAGCUAAGCGCUUGAGAAGCGCACCCAAUUA